CAUUUUAACUGACUGAGACAACUACUCCUCUAUUUCUAUUCUUACUCUUGUUAUGGAGAUUUAUUUUUGAUGUGGAAGAAAAACCACAGUUAUGGAGUUGGAAUCCUACUGGGAGCCUCAAUUCUGGCAAUUACUAGCCCUCCAGGGAUGAAUAUCCUCCAGACACUCCUGGCCACCUUGCUGGUCUCUCUGUGCCUCCUCACUGCCUACAGUCACCUGGCCCCUGAGGAAAAACCCAGAGAUGACGAGAGCCUGAGGAGCAACUCCUCCAUGAAACUGUUGGAUCUCCCUUCUGUCUCUAUUGUAGCGCUGAACAAGCAAUCCAAAACGAUCAGCAGAAAAGAGGCGGAAAAGAAGAGCUCUUCCAAGAAAAAGGCUUCGAUGAAGGCUCCUCGGCCUCGGCGGCCCAGACCUCCGCGGCCCGCCCCCUGCGUGGCCACAGGCGACAGCUGCAAGCGCCCGGCGCCCGCGUGCUGUGACCCAUGCGCCUCCUGCCAGUGCCGCUUCUUCCGCAGUUACUGCUCUUGCCGAGUGCUCAACCCCAACUGCUGAGAGCGCCCGCCUCCAGGCCAGCGGGGAUGGACCGGGCGCCAGCUGGGUGGGGUGGGGCGCU